AGGCAACAUUACAGUAUAUAAAGGAAAAACACAGGAGUCUGAGUAUUGACUUCACAUCUGCUUCACAGUCAAGAAUGAUGAAGGUUCUGCUGCUGGCUCUUGUUCUCGCACUGGUGUUUGCCAAUGGCUCUUCUUUGACAUGUCACAGAUGUAUCCCUGACAUACCUGGAGGAAAUUGUGCAUUCACUGAAGAGACCUGUGUAUAUGAUCAAAAUGCGUGUAUAGCUGUCGCCUUCAAGAAAUAUCCCUAUUCCUACUUCCGGAAGUGCAUCAACAUGGAAGACUGCACGAGUCUUGAGUCCAGUCCCCAUUUAUAUACCAGAUGCUGUCAGACGGACCUCUGCAAUUAAACAACCCAUCAUUUAAGCCCACAGAACACAAAGGAGAAUUGUGGCAUUUAAGAAGUGCAUCUAUCAGAAAAUUAAUCUGUAGAAUUAUGUGGUUGUAUAGGCACAUAAUGAUUAUAUGAGGAUGAUGAUGAUGUACGAUGAUCUCACUAAUUCAUUUUAUAUUCUAAAUGCUUCAAAUAAAAACAAUUAUUAAAAAAUUAAAUUGUAA